GCCGGCAGUUCGGCAGUUUCUCUGUGGCGCGGCCGGCGCGGCCAUGGAGGAUGAUCCUCCUCCGGUGGAGGACCGGCGACGGCUGCAGGAGGAGCUGAGCGAGUUCGUGGAGAACUGCUGUCGGACUCUGGAGGAGGUGACGGUGUCCUUGGGCUGGAGCCUGGAUCGGCUGGACCCUGGGGAGGAGGAGGCGGCAGAGGAUGAAGUUGUGAUAUGCCCUUAUGACUCCAAUCAUCACAUGCCUAAAUCAUCUUUAGCGAAGCACAUGGUAUCAUGUAGAUUGAGGAAACUGGGCUACACCAAAGAAGAAGAGGAUAAAAUGUAUGAUUCUGAAUUUUUCUAUGAGAAUGCGAGGAUACCUUCAGUUACUUUAAAUAAAGACUCACAAUUCCAGAUAAUUAAACAAGCUAGAACCACAGUUGGCAAAGAUGGUGAUUGUUAUAAUCAAAGGAUUUAUUCUUCAUUGCCUGUUGAAGUUCCUCUGAAUCACAAACGAUUUAUUUGUGAUCUAACCCAAGCUGAUCGUCUUGCCCUUUAUGAUUUUGUAAUUGAGGAGACAAAGAAAAAGCGCUCUGAUUCUCAGAUUAUUGAAAAUGACAGUGAUCUCUUUGUAGACUUGGCUGCAAAAGUCAAUCAAGAUAAUAGUCGAAAGAGUCCAAAAUCUUACCUUGAAAUCCUGGCAGAAGUGAGGGAUUAUAAAAGAAGACGCCAGUCCUAUAGAGCUAAGAAUGUUCACAUAACCAAGAAAUCAUAUACUGAGGUGAUUCGGGAUGUGAUAAAUGUGCACAUGGAAGAACUCAGUAAUCAUUGGCAAGAGGAGCAGGAAAAAGCAGAGGAUGAUGGUGAAAAGAAUGAAGAAAGGCGAUCAGCUUCAGUAGAUUCACGGCAGUCAGGUGGAAGCUAUUUGGAUGCUGAGUGUUCACGACAUAGAAGGGGUCGGAGUAGGAGCCCACAUAAACGAAAAAGAAAUAAAGAUAAAGAUAAAAACUGGGACUCGAGAAGAAGGAAGGAGAGGGAUGGGGAAAGACAUCAUAGUCAUAAAAGAAGAAAACAAAAAGUAUAAGUAAAGUGUUUUUGCAUGAUUUAAUUAUGCUGAUGCAAUGAUAACCAAUAUGCUCAUAUUUUCAUUAUAAUUGCUUUGAGUAGGAGAUGUGUUUAUAUGACCUAUCUAGUACUCAGAUCAUUAUUUUUCAGUGUUUGUCUCAAACCAUGAAUACACAAAUAUUCCCUAUAACUUUGUCUUCCUUAUAUUUUAAUAGAUGAUUGCUUCCUAUUACUGAUUUUGUUUCAUUCUUUUCUGAUAAUUUAUGUAUCAGAAAAAGUUUUAAAGUCAGUACUUAAAUUAUACAAAUAAUACAUGAAUACAUUCUCAUUGUAAAAAAUUAAACCUUACAGAUAAGGCUAAAGUGCCUUUGGAACACCAUCUGUAAUCCCUGUGGCCACUAUUGUUUACCACGACACUGGUGAAUUGUAAUGGGGAAAAACAACCUAAAUAUCAGUCAGGAGGGGAAAGGCCUGGCUAAAUAAAAUACACUAUAGUCAUAAAAUAAAUUGCUAUAUUGGAUUUAAAAGAUACUAACUUUUAACAUGGGUAGAUCUCAGAAACAUAAUGCUAAGUGAAAGUAGCAAGUUACAGAAAGAUAUGUUCAAGUUAUACCUUUGUACAAAAUAAUACUGUAUGUUUUCAGUGGUUGUGUAUGUAUGUAAACAUAUGUUUAAAGGUCAGAAGAACCCAUACCAACUCACAACAGUGAUUAUUUGGAGGAGACAGUAUAGAUGGAGAGUUUAAGGGGUAGAAACCAGGUUUGAGAGGCUGGCCAAAGGAAACUUUAGCUUUAUCCAUACUACAUUAAUUUUUUAAAAAUAAGAUAUUCAUCUUUUACUUGUUAAUUAAAAAUACUUUUUUUUUUGGUAAAUGAACUCUUAAAAAUAUACUAUCAUUUUGUUUUCUGUAAAUGAAUUUUAUUGAGGUACUGUUUACAUAAAAUAACAUGUGCCCAUUUUAAGUGUACAUUUCAUUGAGUUUUGACAAACUAUGUAACUAUCACCUCAGUCAAGAUAGAGAAUAUUUCCUUUGCCUACUAAGGUUCCCUUAUAUUCUUUUCCACAAUCAAUCAUUUUUUCUGUCCCCAGCGGUAGGCAGCCACAGAUCUGCUUUUUGUUACUGUUGAUGAAAUAUGUCUUUUCUAGAAUUCAUAUAAAUGAAAUACUACAAUAUACACUCUGCCUUCUUCUACUCCACAUAUUUUUGAGAUUGAUUCAUGUUGUGUGUCAGUAGUCUAUUCCCUUUUGUUGCUAGUAGUGUAUUCUGUUGUUCAAUAGAUCAUUCACUGAAAUUUUAGCAUUAAAUAUUAAGCACUCAUGUCUGAAUAUCUUGAAAUGUAGUUUAAAAAUUACAAAAUGGCUUCCAAAUAGAAAUGAAACCUUAUUUCAUUAUGUAACUGAUGAUAGAAAAGUUGACUGAAUUUAGAAAAGAUUGGCUGUUAUCCUUCAGAUAUAGAAAACGGCACUUAUAAGUUGGAAAUCGACAGGUCACUUGUCAAUAUGAAGUCCUAUUACUGCCAUUGUGCUUAAUUUCUAAAUAUAUAAAAUUCAAAUUUAAAAAUCUUAAAAAUAAGGACUUUGGAGUUGCCAUAAUGUUGAGCUAUAUGAAAUUAUUGCUUUUGAAUUAUCAGCAAUUUCUAUAGUAUAACUUAAUUUAUAAUUUUGUUUUUCAUUAUGAUUUUAAUGAUUCUACUAACUGGGAGAAACUAAAGGGUAAAAUUAAAAGGCAGACUGGGUAUUAGUAAAAGAAACAACUGAAAAAAGUCGGGUAGUGGGAUUGGGGGAAAAUGGAAUAGUAUGAAAAAAGAUGAUCUAAAAUGUAACUAGAGUUCUUUAAAGUCCAAAAUUUUUAGUAUCAACUACUGCAAACUGUCCAAUAAAAUGUAGAAUUAGAUGGUAAGAGGUAUUUGUUUGAUCUUUGAAUGUAUUAAUUUUCCAUGCUUAUCUAUGUGUGUUUUGGACCCUUUCACUGGAUUAUGAGUUUCUUCAUCAAUAUAACCCCCAUGCCUAGCAUAUAAUAGUUGUUAAUUUAUUAUUUAAAUUUUGACAAAAGCAUUUGCAAACCCAUCACCUAACAUCUAUUUUUUAUUCAUAAAGUGUGAUAUUAAUAAACUGCUGUCCAUUUUACACAUUCAUCAAGUCUUAGCUCAGAUGAAAUCUUCUCACCCAAAUAUCUGAUCUGACUGUAAAUUUUUCCUUUCAAACUCUUUCAAAAGCACUUGUAGUUAAUAUUUAUUGAGUACCUAUUGUGUGACAGACUCUGUUUUGACCUCUUUUUGAUUGUAAAAUAUACAAAAAAAAUUACCAUUUUACCAUUUUUAAAUGUAUAGUUCAGUGGCAUUAAGUACAUUCACAUUGUUGUACAACCAUCAUCACUGUCUAUCUCCAGAAUGUUUUCAUCAUCUCAAACUGAAACUCUGUACUCAUUAAAGAACUACUUUCCAUUUACUCCUCCUAGCCCCUGGUAACCACCAUUCUACAUUCUGUCUAUGAAUUUUACUAAUUUAGGUACCUCAUAUAAAUGAAAUUACAGAAUAUUCUUUUGUGCCUGACUUAUUUCCCUUACCAUAGUGUUUUCAAGAUGCAUCCAUAUUGUAGCAUUUGUCAGAAUUUUUUUUAAAGCUAAAUAAUAUUCCAUUGUAUAUAUAUACCACCUGUUGUGUCUCUGUUGCUCUGUGGAUGAACACGUGUUGUUUCCACCUUUUGGCUAUUGUGAAUAAUGCUGCUUUGAACAUGGGUGUAAGAAAACUGAA